AUGGCUACUAUUGCUGAAGCUCUCUCCCGUUUCACUUUUUCUCCUCCGGCUACACAAAAUGCCCAACAAGCCUCAACUUCUAGUGGUCUACCUUCUCAACUCCAACCAAAUCCUAAGGGAAGCAUUAGUGCUAUCACCCUUAGGAGUGGCACCAAGUUGGAAGAAAUUGGUGUUGUGCUUACAAGUUUGAGUGAGAAAACCCACAAUGAAGAGGUGAAAAAUGAAGUAAAAGUGAUGAAAGAUAAGGAGAAAAAUGUUGCAAGAGGUGAGGAGGUACCACUCAAGGUCAAGGAGCCAAAAAGGAAGAAUCCGCUUGAAGAGGCUAUGCCAAUUCCCUUUCAAACUUUGGCUAAAAAGGCUAAGAAGCAAGAAGAACUUGACCCCAACAUGGUGGAAAUUUUUAAGAAUGUUAAAGCCAUCGUCCCUCUCUUUCAAGCCAUUCAACAAGUGCCCAAAUAUACCAAGUUCCUCAAGGAUGUAUGCACAUACAAGGACAAGAUUGGCGAGCUCAACAAAAGGCCGGUGGAUGAUUCUAUCUCUUCUCUAAUUCCUGAAAAAUGCAAUGAUCCCGGUCCAUGUUUGGUUACUUGUGUGAUUGGUAGGAUGAAGUUCAUGGAUUGUAUGUGCGACAUGGGGGCAUGCGUAAGCCUUAUGCCACUCCCCAUUUAUGAGAGAUUGAACUUGUCACCCCUAAAGAGGUCUGGGGCGAGAUUUGUGUUGCAGAUAAAAGCAUUGUAUCAGUUGUAG